AUGGACAGUGAUAGCAACCUGGAAGUACUUAAACCUCCAGAAAUAAGGAAGCUGCUUACGAUCUAUAAGGCACAGAUCCGACCUGUCCUGGAUUACUGUUCCCAUAUUUGGAGUGCAGCACCCAAACAUACCCUGGAACUGAUAGAAUCUGUCCCAAAAAGGACAAUUCGUCUCGUGGGUGAUGCCUCGCUCACAAACUCACUCACUCCUCUGGAACACCGUAGACAAGUUGGCGAUCUGGCCCUAUUUUGGCGACGUAAUAUCUGUUCCAGCAUUACUCACCAAUACUGGAAACGAACGCGCCAAGUGGUUUUCAAGGUAUCCACGGAGGUGGCUCAGAUCGGCAUCCUCUGCUGCCUAGCCGUCUACUACAUAGUAGAGUCCGUGGUGUACGCUGUGACUCCCUCAUUCCUGCUUGCUGAGAAGAGCGUACGAGGAAAGGUGGUUCUGGUCACUGGGGGAGCAGGAGGCCUGGGGCAAGAUCUGGUCCUGAGACUGGCCAGACAGGACGCCAAAGUUGUGGUCUGGGACAACGAUGAAAAAGCUUUGGAAAAUUUGCACAAGCGAGCAAAGGAUGAAGGACAUCUCAUCUAUACAUACCCUGUAGAUGUCACCGAAAGAGAAAUAGUAUACAAGUAUGCGAAAUUAGUGAAAGAAGAUGUCGGACCGGUCGAUGUACUAAUCAACAAUGCAGGGGUAGUAUGCGGCCAGAAGCUUCUGGAUAUACCAGAUUAUAUGGUGGAGAAAACUUUCAAAGUCAAUGUACUGGCUCAUUUUUGGACGAUCAAGGCUUUUUUACCAGAUAUGAUGAAGAAAAAAGAAGGACAUAUCGUUACAAUAGGUAGCCUGACGGGACUACUAGGAACUUACAAAUGUACUGACUACAGUGCCUCCAAAUUUGCAUCUGUUGGUCUACACGAGAGCUUGUUGACCGAACUGAAGACUCAUGGCCAGCACAAAAUAAAAAUGUCGUUGGUAUGUCCUUAUUUCAUCGACACUGGAAUGUUUGAUGGCUGCAAACCAAAGAAUAUGCCCAUGUUGCAGCCGAGAGAUGUUGCCAAAAGGAUCAUCACGGCUAUAAAAAGAGAAGAAGAUUUCGUUACGAUGCCGUCAUACGCACGAUAUGUUUUUCCCCUCAAAAAUUUUUUGCCAGCAAAACUGAGCUGGGCAAUGAUGAUAAGAGUGAUCCAGGGGCCGCAAGCUAUGAUGGGAAUGAGGUCUUUCAAAGAAGUUGAAGCUGCUUAGUGAAAUCCCAAUCAUUGUGAAAUAGAGC